GUCUCCACACACAGCUCCCUGUCUCCACACACAGCUCCCAGCUCCCUCUCCACACACAGCUCCCAGCUCCCGGUCUCCACACACAGCUCCCAGCUCCCUGUCUCCACACACAGCUCCCAGCUCCCAGUCUCCACACACAGCUCCCUGUUUAUACACAGCUCCCAGCUCCCUGUCUCUAUACACAGCUCCCUGCUCCCUGUCUGUAUUAAAUCUGUGCCUAGAUCUCUCUGUCCCCACCUGCUCUCUGUCUCACUCUCUGUCUGGGAACACCUCUUCCCUUCUGUCUAAUUUCUUUCUCUCUCUAUAUACAUCACGCAUACUCCCUCGCUCACUCUAUCUGUCCCUCCCCCUCUCUCUCACACCCCCUCCCUCUCUCACCUUCCCUCCCUCUAUCACACACUCCCUCCAUCCCUCCCUCUCUCUCUGGGAGAGCGCUGUGCUGAUGUAGGGAGUUGCAGCUCGAUCAUUCAGCGCCGGAAUCCGUGCGGGUAGCCGAAAGCAGCUCGAUCCCACAAGGAUCCAGUCUGUCGUCAUUCGGGAUCCUGUGCCCCGGUCCGCAGUGGCGAUCGCUCGGUGACCAGGAGGAGUUGCCCUGUGUGUGUGUGGCUGGGGGCUAUAUCCCACUCCCCGACCACCACCUCCCCCCGCCAAACCUCCGGGGUUUCAGACCCACAGUAACUCUGCCCUGCCAGCCUCACCCCCCUCACCAGCCCUACCCCCACCCCUCCCACCCUAGAGGCUGAGAUGCCACCCCUGCUGGUAUUCCUGGGCACCGUGUCCCUGGUGUGGCUCUCUAAUGCUGCUCCUCUGGACCCAUGCGCCAGCCUGCCCUGCCUCAACAAUGGCACAUGUGGAAGUUUAUUGCAAAGACUGGCAUCGUACAACUGCAGCUGUCCCCCUGGAUUGGCAAGACCACACUGCCAGGACCGAAUAGACAACUGCGCGAGCAACCCCUGUCUCCAUGGCAACUGCAGCAGCUCCGUUGAUGGUUAUGUUUGUGUUUGUGAAGAAGGUUAUCAGGGUGAUAUGUGUGAUCAACCUCUGCCAAGCACAUUGACCCCAACCUGGACAGAACCCACGCUGUCAUGGCAACCCCAGCCAGCUACAACACCUUUGUCAUCCAAUGCUACCUCACCCUCACCUUCACCCUCACCUUCCCCCUCACCCUCACCCUCGCCUUCUCCCUCACCCUCGCCUUCUCCCUCACCCUCGCCUUCUCCCUCACCCUUAUCUUCACCUUCACCCUCGCCUUCUCCCUCACUCUCACCCUCACCUUCACCCUCACCCUCACCCUCAUUCCCUCCCUCAUCCUCGUGGCAAACUGCUGUCACGUUGUCGCCGUGGCAGCCAGAACCCGGACACAGAGUGGUAAACCUAACCUGGGCCCUCAAAGAGAUGAUCAACUCCUCGAAUUUCCUGUGUCCAAACAAUGGCUCCAGUGACUUUGUUAUUGAAGUACCUGAGGAGACUGCAAUAAGAAUUAAACUGAAUCAGAUUGACGUAUCUAUUGCUUUCUGGGAAGUUACUGAAGCUAAGUUCCAGCAAUGUUCUGUUUCAAAUGGAAAGAACAUUAUUCCUCUGCACACAACUGAUGGUUUCGUUUUUUUGGAGGAGAUGUUGUCUUUGGGGAGCAACUACUUUAUUGCCUUUGUGAAUGAUUCAGUUGCUAAAGCAAUGCCAGCUCUGAGGGUGAACGUGACAGUCAAAGCUAGCGUCUGCAUGGAAGGAGAGAACGGUCUUCAAUGUUCAGGAAGGGGAGAGUGCAUCACCAAGCCUUCAGAGGCAACGUUCUACUGUGACUGUGAGGAAGGGCAUAUCGGUCUUUACUGUGAAGAAUUUGAUGCCUGUCACAGCACCCUGUGCCUGAACAGUGGCACAUGUUUGGAUGUUAAACAGGGGAAUAAUGAGCAGAAUUUCACCUGUGUCUGUUCGCCAGGUUACACAGGAGAAUUGUGCGAGUCUCAGAUCGAUCACUGUAUCUCACAGCCCUGUGAACAUGGUGCUACCUGCAUGAGCAGAGCCACUGGCUAUAGCUGUGCAUGUCCUGAAGGUUUUACAGGCCCGGUGUGCGAGCAGAGGGUGGACCCCUGUGCCCUGUCUCCCUGUCAGAACAAUGGCACAUGCUUCGCAGAUGGCACAUCCUACAGUUGUACCUGCACUCCUGCCUACACUGGGCCACUCUGUGCUCAGCUCAUUGAUUUCUGUGCCCUCAGUCCCUGCGCCCAUGGCAUCUGCCGUGGUGUUGGAACCAGUUACAAAUGCCUUUGUGCUCCAGGUUACCAUGGCUUAUACUGUGAGGAGGAAUACAAUGAGUGUCUUUCAGCACCCUGUCAGAAUUCAGGUACCUGCAAAGACCUGGUGAAUGGGUAUGAAUGCCUGUGCCCUGAUGAGUAUGAAGGCCAACACUGUGACCUGUACAAGGAUCCCUGCACUACGACCAGCUGUCAGAAUGGAGGAACCUGCACUAGCAAGGAGCAUAAUGCCACUUGUAUUUGUGUCCCAGGAUUUACAGGUGAAAGAUGUGAAGCUGACAUAAAUGAGUGUGACAGCGAUCCCUGCCAUCACGGAGGGACUUGUGUGAAUCAAGCAAAUGGCUACACCUGUCACUGCCCUGAAGGCUGGAUGGGAAUUCACUGUGAUGUCCAUCUGGAGUGGAAAUCUGAUCGGAUGGCUGAGAGUCUAAACAAUAUGCCCCGCCACUCCCUGUACAUUAUCAUCGGAGCACUCUGCGUGGCCUUUGUGCUGAUGCUGAUCAUUUUGAUAGUGGGGAUCUGUCGCAUUAGCCGCAUUGAAUACCAGGGCUCCUCCAGGCCAUCUUAUGAGGAAUUCUACAACUGCAGGAGCAUCGACAGUGAAUUCAGCAGCGCAAUUGCUUCAAUCCGGCAUGCCAGGUUUGGCAAGAAGGCCAGGCCAGUAAUGUAUGACGCGACCCCUGUGGCUUACGAAGAUUACAGCCCCGACGAUAAACCGUUGGUCACUCUCAUCAAAACAAAGGAUUUGUAAAGCACAUCUUUUAUAGGUGUGAGAAAGAAAAAUGAAAGAACAAACACACCCACGCUAAAUAUUUUUAAGACAAUGUAUUGCUCAAAGAUCUGAAAGAUUUGCUUUCUGAAUUAGAUUGUCAUUCUCCAAUAGCUAAUCAUAUAAACCGUUCUACAAAUUAAAAUUGUUUGUGUUUCUGAAUUACCUGGUAUGUUAAUGAAAUAUAUUUUCAAUGUUGCUAUUGACCUUAAAAGUAUUUAUCUUUUGUUGUAAAUAAUUUGCAGAAAAUGUGAGAGUUCUGAGUUAUAGAAUCUGGGUGUCAGUAUAUUUAUGUUUUCCUGUCCGUGUGAAAUUAAAUGCACCAUAGCUUGGAGGAAUUGAGAUUUAUCUUUGAUCGCUAAAUUUCUUUAACUGAUUUUAUUGAGAAAAUGGGUGGCACAGAAACUUACAACUCUGUGCCUCUAUCUCUGGUUCUCGGGCACAAAUUGUGCCCAAAAUACUGGGACUUAUUUCUGUUCUGUGUGAAAACUGAAGUGGUCCAAAAAAAUACAAGAACAGCCUGCAAUUUGUUAAAAGGAUGGUGGUCUCAUUUGGAAAAACUGGAAGAAAAGCCAAUUGGGGGAAAAAAAAUGUGCUGCAGCUUUGAGCUGUUCCUCCCUGCAUCAAAUAGAAAUUACACUGGACCCAGCUGUUGAUUCACAUUGAAUGUCAAAUAUUGGGGACAUGGUCUUAAUCCCAUUCAACCAGGUCCCAGUUGGGAACAAUGCCUUCAACUUAACUACAUAAUCAACAUCUUCUCCAAAGCCAGAAGUCACAUGAUACCAACUUGUAGUCCAACAGGUUUAUUUGAAAUCACAAGCUUUCGGAGCACUGCUCCUUCAUCAGGUGAAGCUUGUGUUUUCAAACAAACCUGUUGGAUUGUAACCAUGUGCUAUGUGAUUUCUGACCCUGUCCUCCCUCGUCCAACACCGACACCUCCACAUCAUCUUCUCCCAAGUUAUUCUCGAAAAGGAAAUAACAAAAGAAAGAAUACUUAAAAUUCGGACUGAUCAUUUGAAACUGUUUUUUUAAAAGGAGUCCUGAUGCUGAAACUCAAUGAUCAAAAUCAACUGGAUUGUGUCUUGCUCAAUACUUAAGCGGAAAUUUCUUUAAUUUCUACAGGCUAUGGUAUGUUACGGCGAAUUUACCUAAAGAGAGAGCCUCAUCAUUAGUUCCUUUUUUUGAAAAAUCAGUUGUGAAUAUUCGUUAUCAUUAGAUAUUUAAUUUACUUGGAAAUUUUCAAUCAAAUCUUCCAAAUGUUAGACCCUUAAAGGAGGAAUUAGCAGAUGCAAGUUAGUGACACUGAUAAUGAAAUAAGUGCCCAGAGGCUGAUGUCCCAUCACCAAGUCCCCCCUUUAGUUACUCUUGCACAGUACACUGGCUGUGAUCAACCAGCUCAGAGUCAGUCCCCUGAACUGAGGGGAUUCUAAACUGCUUAUUUCCACCAGCACCCAUGUUGUGUGUUUGCACAUGUCAGACACUGUUAAAAAAAGCAUUAGGUGUAUAAAGAACUUUAUUGAUAACCCUCCACCUAGAAAAAUAUCCGUGUGGCCAAAUACCCAGUAGCAAGCAAGGCUGCUCUGGGGACAAUGCCUGUGUGAACGAAAAGGUGAAGGGGAGGGUACAGAUCAAAUCAAAACAGAAUUAGAAGGGGACCUCAUGUUCGUAUUGGUCAGCCAGGGCUUUCCCUAUUGGCCCAGGUUAACAACCCCAAUCAAGGAUCUUGUAGUCAAUGAGAUCCACCAGGUUCCAAUCACAACAGAUUAUGUUGAAGUAGCAAAGUGAAAUAGUGAUACUCUGACUUAAUGGAUAUAAUACAACUGUAUCAUUUCGGCUCCCAUCCAGUAGCAAAAUAUUGGGCCGCUUGUGAUACAGUGGUAACAUUCCUGUCUCUGAAUCAGGAGGCCUGGGUUAAAGUCCCACCUGCUUUGCUGAUGUGUCAUGACAUAGCUGAAUGGGUUGUUUGGGAAAAAAUCUCCGAUCCUCAAUGUCUGUUCGCAGCUACUUUCCCUGCACAUAAAACAACAUCUAGUUGUUGAAGAAGAAUAUUGCUCCAAAAAGAAGCAUGUAACAGACUAGAAUAAGGGAAAGGAUACUAUAAAUGAUCAGUAACAAAAAUAGAGAUUGCUGGAAAAGCUCAGCAGGUUCGGUAGCGCCUGUGGAGAAGAAAACAGAGUCAACAUCUCUGAUUUCAUAUAAUCCCUACAGUGUGGGGGCAGGCCAUUCAGUCCACACAGACUCCCACUCAGACCCAUCCCCCUUUAACCCUGCAUUUCCCACAGCUAAUCCACACAUCGCAGGACACUAGGGGUAAUUAAUCAUGGCCAAUCCGUCUAACCUGCACAUCUUUGGACUGUGGGAGGAAGCCCACACAGGUAGCUGCCUGAGGGUGGAAAUGAACCUGGGUCGCUAUGAGCAGCAGUGCUAACCACUGUACCACCCCAAGAUGCUGCCCGACCUACUGAGCUUUUCCAGCAGUCUCUAUUUUUGUUUCUGAUUUACAGCAUCUGCAGUUCUUUCGGGGUUUUUUUCUAACUGGUCACCUAACCAACAAAACCAGAAACGAACCUACUGCAAAACCUUUACCUUCUUACUGCUGGGAAGAUAUAUUUGUUUCAAAGUAAACCCGGAUGAUGUGUUCCAUACAUUGUUUACAUUAAUUUGAUCUAAUCCUGCAAAUCAGAAUUUUUAAAAAAAACAGAGCACAAGACAUUUCAAUAACCUGAUGUCUCAUUUCCACAUUUUCCUCUUGUGUUACCAAUCAGGUAAAUUGUCAUCAGAAUGAUAUACCUCUUUAAAGUUAGUGGAAAUCACUUAUGACUAAUUUUUUAAAAAAACACAGACAAGAAUGUUGAGAGACUCACUCUUUGGAUAGCUAGUUUUUAGUAAUCAAUAUUGUAAUAAAACUUAAAGAUAAAACGUCUAUAAAAUGUGAUACAGUUAUGCAUUCUUAAUCAAGCUGCAAUGACAUUUAAAGAGUGACAUUGUACCUUUCAAGCAAAAAUAUUCUGUUGUGUGCAAGUUGAACAUUUUAACAUUCGCUCCUGUUUUUCCUUGCUUGGAAUAUGAUCGUGCAAUAUCUUUGUGCUUUAUUUUGUCUAUUUCGCUCUUCUGUAACCGGUAUUAUUUUUGUGCAAGUAUUCAAUCAACGUAUUGAAAUGUAAACUAUGUCUUCAAUAUCAAAGUUCUCGGAGGUCAGCAGACCCUGUUUGUGACAGAAGUGACCAUUCAACUUGCUGCAUUUCAUACGCGUGUUGAAGCUGUAUGUUCAAAGAAACAAUAAAACUCUUAAAGAAAUUA